AUGAGACGAAGGCGUCCAGACCAGAAACAACUAAGUAGCAGAAAAGAAUUCAAAACUAGAACAAUAUACCGGCAGCCGUCACCGCUGGACAGGGUAGAUGAAAACCCAAGUCCUAACUCGUCCACUCCGAACCGGGACAAAAUAGUGGCUUUCUCACCAUUUCUCGACGACUUCGAAAUAAACACCACCAAAGAUUCGGUGACCUACUCGAGCGGGAGCAAAAGUCAUUCUUCGCCUCGUGCCAACCUCUCUGAGCUUCCAAACCGGCUGAUCGCUGAAGAAUCAACCGAUCACUUGCACACAGUCGCCCCAUUAUUUUGCUCAUUCAUCCGCCCACCGCCUGAAAACAUAAGUGAAGAGUCUCUAGAGUAUCUGAGUCGAAAGGAGGCGUUUGAAAUCCCAAGUACAGAAUUCCGCGACGAACUGAUCCGGAGUUAUAUCAACUACGUGCAUCCAACCUUACCAGUUGUGAAUCUGCAAAGCUUACUCUGUGCUGUUGAAGGAGACAAUAAAUAUGAAGGCACAUUGAGCUUACUCGUGUUCCAAAGUAUCAUGUUUAUUGGUGCGCUCUAUGUCAAUUUGAGCAGUUUCAGGAACAUGGGAUUUCACACACGAGAAAAGGCCAUACGAGUCCUUUUUAAUCGCGCAAAGUUGCUUUACGAGUUCGAUUUCGAACCGGACGAGGUUGCUGUUGUUCAAGCACUCCUUUUAAUGUCGUAUUGCGGCAACCUUACGGGCGGAUAUAAAGAUGGACGACACUGGACUGGAAUUGCGGUCUCUAUCUGUCUGAAGGAACAAGGAGAAUGCGAUAAUGCUCGUUCAAUCCUGGACUCUCAGUAUCUUCGAAGGAGGGUCUGGUGGUGCUGUUUUCUAAGAGAGUUGGUUCAGUCCCUCUUCGCAAAGCUUCCUCCUCGGAUGGUGGUAAGCCAUUUAUCCUACAGAGUGCUCGAUAGUUCCGACAUCGAGAUCAUCUCCACAGAGAAAAACGGCCCCGAUUCUGCCGCGAGAGACACGGCUAUUUUGCGAGACCCCUGCAAGCAAAAUGAACUAGUGAAGAUAUUUCUUGAUCACAUGCGGCUUUGUAUCCAGUUCAGCAAAUUCUUGGAGAAGGGCAAAGAUGGGAUUGACGUGGACGCUUUCGAACUCGUAACUUGGUCUCAGCAACUACACAUUCCGUCACAUUGGACCUUAUCAGCUCCGGAUUCUCUCGUUGACGGAGUCGAAUGCAUAGCCCUUCAUGGAGCUGUGGUUCGGAUAACGUAUUUUCGUGUGAUCAAUGACCUCCAUCUGCGACAAGUUUCUACCCUGACUAAACAAGCCGCACUCCAGGAUGAUAUCUCUUAUUUGCAAAGGUCUGCUCACCGAAGGUUUUUGCAGUCGUCGAGAGAGAUGGUAACACUUGGUAUAUAUUUUUACAAGCUGGAUCUUCUCGAAUUCCUGCCUGUGUACAUCUUGGAAAGCCUUUUAUCAGCUACACAAACGUUCCUGGACAAUAUCGAUAACACUCUCAUCGGUAUGGUAGGAGAGGAUGGCAGUCGAUGUGAAACGGAGAUUGCGGCGUUAAAAUCAAAAUUGCAGUCGCUGUUGAAGUUCCCAUAA